CUUUUAACGAUUGUCAGUCACAGGUUCUCGCUAGAGAGAGAAGUUACAUCACUAAUCAAAAUCGAAUUUCACACAGAUGACCGGAAUUCCGUAAUAUUUUAGAAACUUAACAAAAUGAGCAAUCUGAAGCAAUUUUACAAAAUCCUCCCUGGCCUGGGCAGACGGGCACUAAGCACAGGGACGUUAAGAACACAAAUCCAGCAACUGAAGCUGCCGCAACUGCAGCGCCAAGUGUAUCAUUCGGCCACAACCAAAACAAACUCAGCUGUUUCUGCGUGCAUGUGCAGAAGUAUCCACAAUACCCCGAAAGUAGAUACUGCAGAGAACACGGCCACGACCAGCAUACCGCUCGGGGAGCUGCAGACCAAGCUGACGUUGAUCUACACCUGCAAGGUGUGCGAGACGAGAAACUUGAAGACCAUUUCCAAGGUGGCGUACCAGAAAGGCGUCGUUAUUGUGACCUGUGAGGGCUGCUCCAACCACCAUCUGAUAGCCGACAACCUCAAGUGGUUCACGGAUCUCGAUGGGAAGCGCAACAUCGAGGAGAUUCUGGCGGAGAAGGGCGAGAAGGUGGUCCGCAUAAGCGACGAUAACUGCGAGUUCCUUCCCAAAGCAGAGUCAUAAAAUAUAGUACAAACUAGUUUUAACUGUAAA